AUGGCUGAUUUGCAACCCAGCUUUUUCAUGUAUAUCAGUAACACAUACGACCACAGCACUGCAAGAUUGUUCAAAGAAUAUGCGUCGCUUAACACAAAACUCGGCAACGCGCAAGAACGCAGCCCUUAUGCGAAUAAGCUGCAGCGGAUAAUCGAACGUUGUAAAAAAUCUCUCCUCAACGUCGAAAUCAAGCACACGUUCUUCAAAAUCAAACAGUUGAAACUGUCAAUAGAACGAGCAAAAGCAGAGAUUACCACCCACUCGCCGACCGAUAUCGCUGCUCGGUUCUUCGACACGCAGGAUCGGUCCUUCAACCGCAACGUCAGCCGAAACGAACGGAAAACCACUUCGAAACUACUUCGGCUAAUCGAACGGACCGCAGAACAAUGGGAUGUCAUGCCGACAUUCAACGAAAAAUCCAUCCUCAAUGCAACAAAUGUCCAGAUACCGCAAGAAACCCAAACCUUGCUCAGCCUUGGACCUAAAUUCGCUCUACCCACGGAUGUUCUCACUCCGCGCCAUUUGUUCCACAUGAUCGCUGACGUUGAAGCCAUCCUCAACGUUACACCGUACAAGGCGGUACGGGAUUAUAACAGAUGCAGAAUAACAACCGCCAUACAAAACCACAUAUCGCGGGCACGGUCCAACCAGCGAGAAAAUCCAGUCUCCAAGUUCUGCAAACAUGCUUCUAUCACUACCAAGAAGUUCCUGGACGAUCAUAAAGAUAUCGUGAUCGUAGAGUCGGAUAAGGGGAAAAGAAUGGUCGUAAUGUACAUCGCAGACUACGAUCGCAAAAUGUCAACGUUGCUGGACGACUCCACAUACAAAGUCCUGCCGAAAGAUCCAACAUCAAAGUUCCAACGGCAAAACAAUACGCUGGUCAGACGGUUGAGCAAUCUGGAGCUAAUCGACCAUUUCACUGCCAGUCGGUUAACAAGCAAAACUGCGACUUGUCCACGAAUAUACGGUCAACCCAAGGCACACAAGGAUGGGUUACCCCUUCGCCCCGUUGUGCCAAACAUAACGGCACCAACAUACCAGUUAUCCAAAUAUAUCGCGUCCGUUUUGUCGAAAGGUUUCAAAAGCGAGUACAACAUCAUCGACAGCUUUUCCUUCGUCAAAUACAUCACCGCUGUGACGCUUCCAGCAGGAUACAUUCUAGUAUCUUUUGAUGUCGUCUCCCUCUUCACGAACAUCCCGAAGGACCUGGUUAUUCGCGACAUCAUUAUGAACUGGGACACCAUAGGAAAAGCAACAAAUAUCAACCUGGAUUUGUUCCUCGAGAUGGAUGCCGGAGAGAAGACGGCCAAAACCUCGACCAAAGAAGAUGACUACGACGCAACGAUCGGGAGUGCACCGUGCACGUACGUUUGCGUCAUUAAUCUAUACGGACGGAGUCCUCUUCUGUGCUUCCUAAUUCACGUCGGCGGCGGUAUCAAGUGGCAAAUUUGUGCGUUCAUGUGUUAUAAUAUCUUCCAGCUGCAUCCAGCUAGCGGCGGCAGCGGUGGCUAG